AUGCAAGCUGGAGAAAACUACACUGAACUGCUCAGUAUUUUUCAGCUACUUUAUGACCAGGUUUUGUGUAUUUUGGAUUUUCUGGAAAGACUGCAGAAAAACACCAAGUCGACAUUGCUGCAAGAAAAUGAGUCUGAGAAGUAUAAGGCGUUUCUGUCUGAAGUGUUAGUCUGCAUACCACGGGGAGCAAAACCACUCAACGCCCCCAUCUCUUUCUUGCAGUUUUUUUUUCCUUUCUUUCCGCAGCUGUCGAGUCAGAGAGAAGUCGUGGCCAGAGUAAUUCAGCGAAUAUGUGAAAAGAAACGAAGGAAUGUUCUUGCCUUUGGGUAUGGACUGGUUGAUGAAAAGAGUUCACUGCGUGUUAUGUUUGCGCCAAACAUAUGCAGUUACUUUCCAAACCCAUCAACGGCCACUAUCAGCAGCAGUACUCUAUGGAAAACCCUACUUAGUAGAAUAGGUGAUGAAGUCAUGAUGCAUAUGCUGGAGCAUUGCUCCCUUUUUAUGAUGGUUCCACCUAAUUGUUGCUACCAAAUUAGUGGGCAGCCAGUUUACAAUCUGUACAAUGAACUAAAUCUUCCACAUUCAUUGGUUCGACAAAGGCAUUCAAUGACUCAGAGUAAUGCUUUAUUUCAAUAUAUUCAAAAGAAAUCUUUUCUUUCUAAACGUAGUAGAAGAUGGAAAAGGAAGAAAUUAAGUAAAAAGAAACUAGAGAGCAAAAAGUUACAGGUGGCUCUGAUGACAAUUAAUUCAAGCACAAAUAUGGAUUUUUGCGGUGAAAACGCAUCUUCAGAGUCAACGUCAAGUGUCAGACCAGCAAAAAGGUUGAAUACUACUGCUACUUGUGAUGUUCCAUCUAAGAAGAAAAAGACUGUAUCAGAUGUUGAAGGAACCAGGGGCAAAUUUAGUUAUAGACACAAUAUAGAUGUUUCUCAAAUUUCAUCAGUCACGUCUUUGGAAGGCAAGGUGCAAGAAUGUCCAUCAGAUUUCAAAACAAAGGAUUUUGAGGGUGAUAGUUGCUAUACAUCAAACAUUACUGACACAUUGUUUAAAUGUACCUCUUCUAAUUCCCCAGUAACUCAUAAGAUUAAUAAAAAUGAAAAUUUGAAUUCAUUUCCCAAUAAAAUAUCUUUUUCAAACAUUUUUAUUGGAAGUUCAAAAAGGUUGUAUUCAAGCAGUUUUUCUAAAGAAGGGUUUCUCAAAUCAUUUUUAUUGAAUGUGUUAGGUAAAAAAUCUAAUGGGUACCAGGACCUUCUGAAAACUAUAUUCCUGAAUAACAGUGCUUUAGGACAAAACACUGACCAACAGUAUUUUGGUGAAAGCAUGAAGAAGAAGAAGAAGAAAAAAAUUCCUAAGCGCUAUUGGCAAAUGAGACACGUUUUUCAAAAAAUAAUAGAGAACCACAAGAGAUGCCCUUACUCUUUCCUUAUACAAAAACAUUGUCGAGUAAGAUAUUUAAAAUCUAAUUCAAAUAAACUGAAAGUGUUGGAUACUGAUAAAUCACAGUUAACAGAGUUUAGUUGUGAGAGCGAAAAUAGGAAUUGUCCUUCAUUACCAUUGAGAACAGACUUUGAGGCUCAGAAAAGAAUUUCUGGAAUUGAAAAAGAAGAGGAAAUGCUUAAAGACGAAUCCACUAUUUUGAAACUUCUCAGGCAACAUAAUAGUACUUGGCAAGUAUACACGUUUGUUAGAGAAUGUUUACACAGGGUAGUACCUGAGUUGCUCUGGGGCUCUAGUCACAACAAGUGCCGGUUUUUAAAAAAUGUGAAAAGUUUCAUCUAUUCUGGAAAGUUUCACAAAAUCUCGUUGCAAGAACUUAUGUGGAAGAUGAGAGUGGAAGACUGUGUUUGGGUGCGUCUAUUAAAAAGAAAUCAUUUUGUUCCUGCUUCAGAACACUUGCUGAGAGAAGAAAUUCUUGGAAAAUUCAUAUACUGGUUAAUGGACACAUAUGUUAUACAGUUGCUGAAAUCAUUCUUUUAUAUUACAGAAACUACAUUUCAAAAGAACAGGCUUUUCUUUUACAGAAAAUCUGUCUGGAAAAAGAUUCAUAAAAUUGGGCUGAGAAAACACUUUGAGAAAGUAAAGCUGCGCCUAAUGUCCUCUAAGGAGAUUGAAAAUGUGAAACAGCAAAAAAAUGUUUCUUUGGUAUCCAGAUUACGAUUCAUACCUAAAAUGAAUGGACUGCGGCCCAUAUCGAAAAUGUGCGAUACUCUUGGAGUGCAACAAAGCAAAGAAAUCAGAGAUAAGAAGAUUCUGCAGUUUAAUUCUCUUGUCAAGAAUCUCUUCAGUGUUCUAAAUUAUGAAUGUAGCAAAAACCUAAGCCUUUUGGGGUCAUCUGUGUUUGGGUUGAAUGAUAUCUACAAUAAGUGGAAGAAAUUUGUUGUUGAACUUGAGGAAUCCAAUAUAGAAAGAAGCACAUUUUAUUUUGUAAAGACCGAUGUCAGAGGAGCCUAUGACACCAUUCCUCAUUCGAAGCUUGAUGAAGUGGUCUCAAAAGUAAUUAAUCCAAACACUGAAGAGGUCUAUUCCAUACGACGUUAUGCCACCCUAUGGAUGGAUGCGAGUGGACGUAUUAGAAAAGUGUUUAAACAGCAUGUAUCUACAUUGGUUGAUUUUCUUCCAAGCAUGAAACAGUUUGUAUCUCACCUUCAAAACCAUGAUCUAAUGCAAAACUGUAUUCUGGUGGAACAAAGCCUUUCUUUGAAUGAGAGUUCAAGCAAGUUUUUGGCAUUUUUUCAGCAAAUAAUCUGUAACCAUAUCCUCAGGAUAAAAGACGAUUACUACAUGCAAUGUUGUGGAAUACCACAGGGGUCCAUGCUGUCAACAUUGUUUUGUAGCUUGUGCUACGGUGAUAUGGAAAACAAGCUAUUUUGUGGAAUACAACAAGAUGGCAUAUUCAUGCGACUGGUUGAUGACUUCUUGCUAGUUACACCUCACCUUGACAAAGCAAAGACAUUUUUGAGGACCCUAGCAGAAGGAAUUCCACAGUAUGGUUGCUCAAUCAGCCCCCAUAAGACUGUGGUGAAUUUUCCUGUUGAUGACAUACCACAGUGCACUAAAGUAGAACAGUUAACACAUCACUGCAUGUUUCCAUGGUGUGGGCUUUUGUUUGACACACACACUUUGGAGGUGUUUUGUGAUUAUUCUAGCUAUGCCUGUACAUCCAUACGAUCAAGUCUUACAUUUUGCCAAAGUGCCACUGCUGGGAAAAUAAUGAGAGAGAAACUAAUUCGGGUCCUAAAGCUGAAAUGUCACAGUAUCUUCCUUGACCUUAAGGUGAACAGUCUCAGAACAGUGUGCAUCAAUAUUUACAAGAUAUUUUUACUCCAGGCCUACAGGUUCCAUGCGUGUGUUUUACAGCUUCCUUUUAAUCAAAGUGUGAAAAACAACCCAUCCUACUUUCUUACUGUGAUAUCUGACAUGGCACCUUGUUGUUACGCUACAUUAAAAGGCAGAAAUAAAGGUGUGAUUCUUGGAACUAAAAAUGCAGGUGGUCCGUUUCCCUUUGAAGCUGCCCAGUGGCUCUGCUACCAUGCUUUUAUUACAAAGCUUGCAAAGCAUAAAAGGUUGUACAAGUGUCUUCUUGGGCCAAUUAAAAAAUGCAAACAACAUUUAUGUAGAGGCCUUCCACAAGAUACACGCCAGCUACUAAAUGGAGUGAUCGACCCUUCACUUCAUAAAGACUUUUCAACAAUAAUGGAUUAGUAAUGAAUUUGUUAUAUACAGGACAUCAUAUCUGCUUUUAUGAUGCUUAUUUAUUAUAUUUAAUCUAAGUAUGACAACAUAUGUUGUUCAGAUACUAAAUGCUACCUUUUAUAUUUUGUGGAAUGUAGAUGUAGAAUUUGAAAAUCCUUGACUUUGUGACUUCCAUGAUUUCAUAUUAAAUACCAUACUAUGGAAAGGCUCUACAUACUUGGAACUGUUCUAUCAUUAUAAUUUGAUAACUUAAUCUUACAAAAGUCACAUCAGCUUAUAAAUUCAAGUUCACACACAUUAUUUAUCUGGUGUUAUAUGAAAGUAACAGAAGCUUAUUAUCUGCCUAGUUUACCAUAUAUGUAGUGGGUGCUUCAUCCCAGAGAAAUAUGUAUCUGAACAAUCCACAUUAUAUUACUUUUAACUUUUUUUUUCUUUUUUUUUCUUUAAAAGAUUUAUAUUCAGCUUGAAAUAUACAAAUAGAUAUCAUGAAAUUAUACAUAUUUAGCAUAGUACAGAUAUUACUAGACUUUCACAGAUGCAAAUAUGACAUGGACUAAUCUGCAGUCCAAGAUGAUGAAUGCCAUUGUGGUCCCAAGAGUGGGAUUUAGUUAGAAAGUCAUUUCUUUUAUCUCUUAUUUAGUAGUCCAGAGCUCAGUUUUUUAAAUUUUUCUUUCAGUAAUUAACAUUUAUAACAACAUAUAUCAGACCGGAAGACCCAACGUGGGGCUUCAAACAUUAAUAAAGUUUUUUGCAACAAA